ACAAGACAGACUUUCUUUUUUUUACUAUUUUUUGUAAUACAUGUUACACCUAGUAAAUAUGAAAUUAUGAAAAACACACUUAAAUUGUAGUAACGCUGGAAACGAUUGUUGAAGCCUGAAGGCGUCACUUGAUCAUCUUCUGUAGGAGUGGUGUAUAUAAAGGAAUUCCAAGAAAACCUUCAGUAGUUAGUAGCGGGAAACGGAAAUGGCAUUAAGCAAUUCGCAGAAGGAGCUUCUAAACCUAAUCCGCGAUGUCUCUACAGAAAAAUCUCAAGGAGAGCGUAAGAUAGUAAACCUGAAGCGGGAGAUUCAACAGCUCCAAUCGGAACUUGACUCUGUGAAUUUGGAGCUUGAAGAAGCCAAGCGCUUGAAAGAAUGUACUGAACAGGAGCUAAAAGGCUACGAAGUUGAAUUGGCCAUGAGCGAAUCCUCAAUCCAAGCUUUAGAGGGACGGAUUUCUUUGAUACAGGAUGAAAUAUCUGCAGUUGGAUCUGAUUUGGAGGCACUUAAGAAUGAAGAAAGGGCUUUGCGAGAUGACUUCAUUGGCAAAAUGUUUGACCUUAAUGCAAAGAUUAGAAAGUUCCAGCAGUCUGUGGAUUCUGCCACUAUUGAAGCAUUUAACAGUGACACAAACUCACAGAAUGUGGACAUGGUAUAUGCUAAUACAAAAGAAACUGAAGAAGCCAAAAGAGAUCUUGAAGAUAAGCUUGCUCAAAUAAUCUCUGAAACCAACAUUGAGGAAGACAAAUUUCAAUCAGAACAAAUUCUUUAUAUGCAGGAGAAAAAAGAGCUUGAGGAUUUGAACCAUAGAAUAUCUUUGAUGGAAGCAGUAAUGAAAGCAAGCAAAGAGCUUCAUCAAUUAACCAUAAAGACAUCUAAAUUGGAAGAAGCAUAUGCUUCCUUUGGUGAGAAGCUGCAGGAGAAAUGCAUAUGUCCCAGCUGUCAUUGUGACAAUGCAGAAAUGUUGAGUGGCAUUCUUUAGAAAAGUGAGGGAAUCUAAUUUUUGGUAAUUUCUUGCUAAAAAUAGCAACUCACUUUUACUUUUUUUUUCUUUUUUUUUUUACCAAUAUAUGCAAAAUACUUUACUUUUUUACUUAUAACAACAAUAAAGUACAUUGCUAUUAAGGGUGAAAAAAAUAGAAGUAAGUUGUUAUUACAUGCAAAAAAAUAAAGUAUAUUGCGAAUAUUGGUAGUAAAAGUAAAGUGGAUUGCUAUUUUUUGCAAUAUGUAUUUUUCAUGAUUUUGAAAUGAGUACAUGAUAAGUGAUUUUCUUGAUUACUA